AUGGCUUCCAUCACCUUCCCUCUCGCCAUUUUCGUAGCCAUCACCCUAACCUUGACCCUAAAAAUUAGUAGUGCAACUGCAGAGACGAACGAAAGAGAGACUCGGUUGCAUUUUUACAUGCAGGAAAGGGAUGUAGCGCCGAACGUGACGAUCAUAAAAGUAGUGUCAGGUUCCGACGAUCAAUCCGACGGUUCCCUCAAGUUUGGGGACUUGUGUGUUUUUGAUAACGCUCUCACCGAAGGCUAUUAUCCCACUACACGCCAUAUCGGUCGGUUGCAUGGCACAGCGGUAACCUCAACACUCGACGGUUCUGUGGGGCUUUUUUCUGUCAAUUUGAUUUUCACAGAUUUCCACCCUUGGACAGGUAGCUCGCUGACAGCAAUCGGUGGGUUCUAUAUCCAGAAGGGAACAGGAGAGCUGCAGGCUGUGGGAGGGACGGGCGAGUUCCGAAAAGCUCAAGGAUACGUUCUGCUGAGCCGACUGCCCAACGAAGACAUAAAUUCUUCAAUCUUUGAGCUGGAAGUGGUUCUCCUCAACAAUUAG